UAUAUAAUUAAAAAAAUAUUUUUAUAUGUACAUAAGAGUAGUGUGAUUGUCGCAAUGACAACUCCACUCCUCGGCGCCUGACACGUUGUCGUCUUCUUUAUUUUUUAUUGUUUAGAAAAGGAGUUGUUAAUCGCCGUCAUUCGCGGAAGGCGAUGUUUGCUGUUUCAGUCUCACAUGCGCCGCUCUUUCCUCCGCUAUCUGAGCUCUCUGCAGCCCGCCAACGCCCGUUUCGAAGGCCUCCGUGCCCACUCCCACCACCAACUGCUCGACGAAAUUCCUAGCAGAAGAAUCCAUGCCGGGGCCAUCCUCUCCCACCAGCUCGAAACCAUCCGGGAUCGGCUCCGGUCCCACGUUGGCCUCGACCCCACCACGGUCGCCAUGGCCCUCAGGCAAUGCCGCGGCAAACCCGGUCUCCAGAUCCACGGUCUCGUGGUCUCCUCCGGCCUCGACUCCUUCCUCCCGGUAUCCAACUCCCUCAUGAACAUGUACGCCAAGUCGGGAUCCUUGGACCUGGCUUGGAAGCUCUUCCAGCACAUCCCCAGCCCGGACGUCGUUUCCUGGAACACCAUCCUCUCCGGGUUCACCUCCGGCAUCGAAGCACUGGAGUUCGUCGCGGAGAUGCGUCGAGCCGGAGUCCCUCUGGAUGCCGUGACCUUCACUAUGGCUCUUUCCUUCUCUGCCGACCUUCAGGAUCUGGAAUCCGGACAGCAGCUGCAUGCCCUCGUGUUCAAGUCCGGGUUCGGUUCUGAUACCUUCGUGGGGAAUGCACUCAUCACGGCUUAUGCGAGGUGUCAUUGCAUCACGGAUGCUGGCAGAGUGUUUGAUGAAAUGAUGGUCCGAGAUCUGGUUUCGUGGAACUCGUUGCUCUGUGGGCUUACCCAGGAAGAGAACUGUGGGUUGGAUGCGAUUCAGGUGUUUGUUGAGAUGGUGAGGGGAGCCGGCGUGAGACCCGACCGCAUCUCAGUUGCCAGCGUAAUCUCGGCCUGUAGUCACGAGGGAAGCUUGCAGUUUGGCGAGCAGGUCCAUAGCCUCGCAACAAAGGCAGGACUCGAGAAACAUGUCUCGGUCGCUAACGUCCUCAUGUCGAUGUACUACAAAAACGGGGCUGCUGAUUGUGCCAAGAGGGUUUUUGAGGAGACGAAGGAAAGGGACGUCAUCACAUGGACGACCAUGAUUUCUAUCGAUGCAGAUAAUGCCGUUUCUCUCUUUAAUGACAUGAGAUCGUACGGGACUCAACCGAACGAUGUCACAUUUGUUGCGUUGAUCUAUGCUCUAUCCGGCGAACAUGCAAAGAGAGACGCUCAGAUGAUUCAUGGGCUCUGCUUCGUGACGGGCAUCGCAGCAGAGGUGCAUGUUUCAAAUGGUCUCAUAACCAUGUACGCAAGAUUGGAGUCCAUGGAGGACUCGAGGGAGUUGUUUGACGGCAUGAGUCGCAGGGAGAUCGUCACCUGGAAUGCUCUGAUCUCGGGCUAUGCCCAGAACGGGCUAUGCGAAGAAGCCCUGGAGAUAUUCUCAUCGCUGCUCUUCCACUGCAAGCCAAAUCAGUAUACGUUCGGAAGCAUUCUGAGCGCAAUCACUGCUGUCGAAACAUUUUCGCUGAUUUACGGUCAGAGGUGCCACUGCCGCGUCAUGAAGCUGGGUCUCAACACCGGCGAGUACGUCUCCGGUGCCCUUAUCCAUUUGUAUGCAAAGCAUGGGAGCAUCGAAGAGUCUCAGAGGGCAUUCGACGAGACAGCUCGGAAGAGCCUGGUCGGUUGGACGGCAAUAAUUUCAGCCCAUGCGAAACAUGGGAACUACGGCCUUGUGAUGGACCUGUUUGAAGGCAUGGUGGCUUCAGGGGUUCAUCCUGAUCAUGUCACAUUCCUUGCAGUUCUGACGGCUUGCGGCAGCAAAGGGAUGGUCGACGUCGGUCGCAAGAUUUUUGGCUCGAUGGUGCGUGAGUACAAGAUCGAACCAUGGCCGGAGCAUUAUGCUUGCAUGGUGGACAUGUUGGGGCGGGCAGGGAUGCUGGUUGAGGCGGAGGAGCUCGUAACACGAAUACCAACAGGGCCAGGGCUCUCGGCAUUGCAGAGCUUGUUGGGGGCUUGUAGACUGCAUGGGAAUGCGGAGAUGGGGAAGAGGGUGGCGGAGGCUCUCAUGGAGAUGGACCCGAUGGAAUCGGGGGCCUAUGUGCUCAUCUCCAACCUGUACGCUGAGAAGGGGGAAUGGGAGAGCGUGUCGAAGAUCAGGAAGGGAAUGAGGGAGAGGGGGGUCAAGAAGGAGGUGGGCUUCAGUUGGGUGGAUGUUGGCAUCAGGGAUUCCAUUUAUAUGCACAAGUUUUCAUCAUACGACAAGACGCAUCCAUUGGCGGAAGAGAUUCAUAGAGUGGCUCAGAAUUUGGGUUUAGAAAUGAGAAUAUGGAAAGAUGGCGCAGAAAUGGAGUAAGCACUCCGUGGAUGGAGUCACGAUUCUGAAAUGUUCUUGUUUGUCAUGUAUGUUCCCAUACACAAUUCAUACACUGCUCCUCUCUUACCUCAAACCGAUAUGAGAGAUCAUUAAUCUUGUUGCACUUUUCAGCGUAGACUUACAUAGGGUUCUACUGUUUUACCAUCCCUUCUCCUGCAGUACAAGCACGGAUGUGAACCGGCACCAAAUUCUAGCGGCUAUCGUUCAAUUUUUACCCGGAGAAAGCUCCAAUACCCUGCAUUCUCUUCCUCGGGUAGAUCAUAGAUGGACUCCGCACAACUUAAUCUAUUUCUUUGGGGGAGAAAAAAAAAUAGCAAGCCACAAACCUGAAAAUUAAUUUUACGAAAAAACAAUCAUAAAACCUAGUUUUAAACAGCCACCUGUUAUAAGCAGAUAAGAUCUUCCCAUUUGAACAGGUGCUGCAGAGGUGAGAAAGCUCACCACCUGAUCAUAAUUUACCACUAAUAUUUCAGCUAAUCUGUAUAUUCAUGGGAUAAAGUAAAUCACCUUUCUAACAGUCUCUAUCAUAGAAGAAAGGAUAUUACUUGAGAUAUUGCCAUGUCGAAUCAGGAAACAGGGCCUUGGUUGUUUUUCUCUUAUGCAAGAAACUUCAUAGUUGGGUGGGCAUGGUCAGAAUAAACCUCGCUUGCUUGGCUUCAGCAAAAUCUAAAAUUUAGUUCCGGAAAAGUAAGCAUCUUAAGGGGCAUUUUCAGCAAAUUCUGCGUCCAAGAUGCAAGCAAACAUAGCUGGCUUCCCUUAAAUCCUUCUAAAAGCCCUAGCUUCUUGCAACUCUUGUCCGAACUCGCUCUGCACCCGCCACUGCAGGCGUUCUUGCCCAUACUAGGUGGUGUCUCAACAUGCUUGGCCUGCAAACUAUCACCCUCGUUGCCGAACCUGUAUAUUUUGUUGAGUACAGCUUAAUAGAGAAAAAGAUCCUGUAGCAGACUAAAAACCACCUCCCAAACUCUAAGAACAACCUUGAGCGGUUAAAGAAAACCAACUCAGAUUACAUGGGAAAAGCCGGGCAAGUAUUCCGUCAUGCUGAGAACGGUUUAAUACAAAUGGAACAAAAUGACAUCAGAAACAUACUUAUUUUUAUGUACCAAGUAGGUUGGAAGAGUUUAAAUUUGAUCAACCAAAGGCUGAAAGGGAUAGGCACCGCCUGAUAUCGACAUUAAUACGACCAGUAUCAAAUUCCUAGCAGCAAUGAAAUUGCAGGUUUUUUGAAGAUGGUAUAGACCAAACAUGGGUCGUGCAAUGCAAAAGGCAAACUACUUCACCCAAAUUU